AUGGGCGACGACAGCGACUCCGAUGAGAUCCUCAUGUCGGAGGACGCGACGAACUGGAGGUCCGUGGGCAAGAGCGUCAACCCCCUCGCCGAGAUCGCCAAGAUCACGAAGGGCCGCACCCCUCGGACCCAGGACCGGAAGCCCAUCCUCGGGAACUCCACCAACACCGCCGCCGUCACGCCCGCGGGAACCGCGAGCACGAUACCCGCGCGCCCCGCCUUCACCCCCGCGGCGGCACCCGCGGCGUCGGUGGCGUCGGCGGCGCCCGCGCGGACCCCCGCGCCCAACCCCGCCGCGAGCGUCGCGGCCCAAAACUUCGGCGUCGACGACGACGACGACGAGGUGGAGGUGACCGGCGCGAGCGCGUUCCGGGGCGCGCUGAACGAUUACCCGCACGCGCGGCACCUCUGCCAGUCGCUGCCCCUGGACAAGGACCACCCGCACCGCGCGUCGUGCCCGAUGUGCUACUGCUUCGUGUGCGAGGUGCCCGCGCCGUGCGACGAGUGGGGCGACGGCGCCGCGCCGGACGCCGAUCACUGCCGCGCGGUGGACGGCAUCCCGCGCUGGGUCAGCGCCAGGGACGCGCGCCGCCGCGCGAGGAACGCCGCGAACGGCGUGCGCGCCGCGGGCGCCGACAACAUACCCGACUACUUCGCCAGGCGCCCGCGGCCGGCCGUCGACGGCAAAGGAGGCGCGUUGAACGCCGACGCCGCCGAGGGAGGGGGAGGGGGAGGGGGACUCGAGGGCGACCGCGUCGGGUUCGCCGGUGCCGCGUUCGGCGCUCUCUUUCCCGAACCCGAGCGCCCGGAGGACGUCGCGGCGCAGACGGAGAACCUCAACGAGAUCCUCGCGGGUCUCGAGGACCAGGAGAAGGCGGAGAGGGACGAGAUCGAUCCGCCCCCAGGCGCGCUCAGGGUGUCGCUGCUGCGGCACCAGCGCAGGGCGCUGGCGUGGGCGCUCAAGCGCGAAAACGGCGCGGAGGCGCGCGGCGGGCACUGCCGCGGGGGGAUCCUCGCCGACGAUCAGGGGCUGGGAAAGACGGUGUCGAUGCUGGCGCUCAUCGUGAGCGCCCCGCCGCCGGAGACGGGCGCCAACGCGAACGGCGUCGCGAGGCACGUCAUUCGCAACCGCCGCGACCUCGGGGGCCGACCUCGGAGCGCGCCGCCCGCCCGGAGAGGGGGACGGCGAGACGACGCCGCCGACGACGACGAGCGCCGGCGCAGCGCGUCACCGGCCGUCGUCCUCCGCUUACCCGCCGCCGCCGCCGACGCCGACGACGGACCAAAUCACCUCCCCUCGUGCGUCUGUCCGGCGUGCAAGCGCCGGCGCAAGGAACGCAGAAAGUCGCUCGCCGACGCCGAGCGAAAGCGACGCGCGACGAUUGCAUUCGGAGACAGCGACGACGAGGACGCCGUCGCCGCUCGGGAGAGACACGAGCGACGCGAGGCGCUGCGCAGGGAGCGCGAGCGCAGGGAGCGCAGGGAGGCGGGCGGACGCGGGAGUAACCGCGACGAGGAGGGACCCGCGGGGGACUCGGUAUCGGGUCGACGAGGGCGCGAACGGAUCGGCGGCGUUGGGCCCGCGCGGACGCCGGCGAGGACGCUCAUCGUGUGCCCGGCGAUCGUGGCUCAGCAGUGGAAGGACGAGGUGGACGAGAAGACGGACUUGCGGUGCGUGAUUUACCACGGCACCGCGCGGCGGCACCUCGACGAGCGGACGCUCCUGGCGCACGACGUCGUGGUCACCACCUACGGCACCGUCACCGGGGAGUUUACCAAGGGUGGCGAAUCGCCGGGCGCCCUGUUCAACGUCGCGUGGUGGCGCGUCAUCCUCGACGAGGCGCACAUCAUCCGCAACAGGCGCACGAUGGGCAGCGUCGCGACGUGCGCGCUGCAGGCGUCGAGGCGCUGGUGCCUCUCGGGUACGCCUCUGAUGAACGGCGUCGACGACGCGUUUGCGCUGUUUCGCUUUUUGCGGUACCAGCCGUUCGCGUGCUGGCCCCACUUUAACAAUCACAUCUCGAGGCCGAGCGCGUCCAGGCGCAGGGUGGAGGCGAGGGUUGGGGCGCUCGCGUCGCUUCGCAUCGCGCUCGCGGCGGUUUGCCUUCGCAGGGUCAAGAGCCAGCAGAUCGAGACGGACGUGCCCGGAAAGCUUGAGCCCAUCGUCGACUUACCUCCGAGGACCAUCGCGAUUCGCGAGAUUGACUUUGACGAGGCGGAGAAGGACUUUUACAGGGCGCUGGAGGAGAGGACGGUGACGAUGUUCGACACGUACGUGAAGAGGGGGUGGAAGGCGAACUACAUGCACAUCCUCGUCUUGCUCCUGAAGCUGCGACAGGCUUGCGACCACCCGCUGCUGCUGAAGGAGGCCAGGGAGCAGAACGAGCCCGACGCGGACGGGGUUCGCACGAUGACCCGCGAUGAGCUCCUCGGCGCGCUGGGCGCCGAACGGGUUCGCGCGCUGGAGAAGGACAUCGAGGACGAGGCGAACUGCCCGAUCUGCAUGGACGCCAUCGAGGGCGACAAAUGCGCGACGAGUCCGUGCGGCCACGGCCCGUUUUGUCGCGACUGCCUCGUCAUCUCGCUCCACGCGCAGGCGGUCGGCGACGGCGACAAGGGCGCGUGCCCGCUGUGCAGGCACGAGGUCGACCCGGAGGACGGAGUGCUGAGUUUGAAGUCGUUGGUCGACGCCCUGGAAGCCCUGGACGUCAACGUCGAGCGCGACGCCCGCAUGGACCAGGCGAGGCAGGAGAUUCAGAGGGCGAUUAACGACUUUGCCGAGCUCGGGCGCGGUCGCGGUCGAAGGCACGUAGACGCCGCGGGGCGCCAGUUCUUCGCGGCGGUGGACGCGAACGGCGGCGUCGGACCGGGAGUUCCGCAGCCGGACGACGAGGACGAAGAGGAGGAGGAGGAGGAGGCUAUCGACGUCGCGGAUAGCGCCAAGACUCGAGCGAUUCUCGACGAGCUCGCCGCGAUCCGAGCCGAGGCGCGCCCCGGGACCCCGCCAACGCAGUGCGUGGUCUUCUCGCAGUUUACCAAGUUUCUGGACAUCAUCGGUCCCAAGAUCGAGGACGCGGGACACGCCGUCCUGCGUUUGGACGGCACCCAGAGGCUCUCGCAGCGCGCGCGGGUGGUGGCCAAGUUUCGGCGCGGCGAGGCUGGGGUUCUCCUGGUGUCGCUGAAAGCCGCGAGCCUCGGGUUGAACUUGAACUGCGCGUCGAGGGUCAUACUGACCGACCCGUGGUGGAACGCGGCGAUCGAGGACCAGGCCAUCGACCGGUGCCACCGAAUAGGCCAGACGCGCGAGGUGAAGGUGACGAGGCUGCUCAUCCGCGACACGGUGGAGAACAGGAUUCGGGACCUUCAGGAGCGAAAGAAGGCCAUCGUCGCCGCGGCGCUCGGCAAGACGGGCGAGAGCAUCGCGGCCAUCCGCCAGCAGCUGUCCCUACGGGAUUUGCAGGACCUGUUCGGUCGCGUGCGACGCGUGGAACCAACCUUCGAGCCCGUCCCGGUCCCCGGUCCAGCUGGCGGGGGGCUCGACCCGGGCACCGCGGACGACGUCGGUUCCGACGCGUGGAGGCUUCGCGAGGAGCGGCGACGGCGUUGA